AAUCGUUGGGGGUGCGGCACGUGCAAAUGCUGAUGCUGUUCCUGGCUAUGAUCGUUUGCCACAUGAUGCGCGCGAAUAUCACGCUCGCCAUUGUCACCAUGACCGACACCGGCCAAGAAGAUACCUUCGACUGGAGUACCCAGAUGCAGAGCGUGAUAAUGUCCUCAUUCUUCUGGGGUUACGCAAUUCUGCAGAUACCAGCGGGCGAAAUGGCCGCUAAGUUUGGGGGCCACAUCCUUAUCCUGCUAUGUGUUGGUGUCAAUUCCGUGUUGACUCUGCUUCUACCGUUUGGAUCUUAUUAUGGAGAUUGGCAACUAGUUUGCGCAUUCCGUGUACUUCAGGGCUUAAGUCAAGG